CGUCACACAGCCCUUCCCGGCUGGCCCGGCCCCUCGACGGGAAGUGGGAGCGAGGGGCCGCCCUGGGGUGGCCGAGCCAUGGCUGUGCCCGCAGCCCUUCCGUUGCCCUGCCCGCUCCUCCUCGCCGUCUGCUGGGUGGUGGCCGCGGGGACGGCGGCAGGAGCAAAAAUUCUUCCAUCUCCAUCCAACUUGAACUAUUCAUUUAUCCAUAUCUGUACUCUGAACUGGACAUGGAACCCUCCAGAGAACAUCAGCAGUAGCUGCAACCUGGAGUAUUCCAGUGACAUCGUCAUUAAUGGGGUUCCUGAGGACAGAAGAGAAUGGAGUAAGAGUUGCUUCCGUGUGAUGGAUGCGCGCUUGAAUGAGGAAAUGCGCCUCAGAGUGAGAAGUGAAUGCAAGAAGGACAACACCAGUGAGCCCAGCCCUUGGGUGGAGACCUCCCUUCCACCAAAAGGUAUUCCAGGUACUGCUGCUGUUGACUUGAGCUGUGUUUGGCACAAUUUGGAGUACAUGGCUUGUACCUGGCAUCCUGGGGAGAACGCAAGCAGUGACACCAACUACACCUUGUUCUACUGGUUUGAUGGCUUGAAAAAUCCUAAGAAGUGUGGCAACUCUUCCGUAGACCAAGGAAUCUUUGAAUGCAUUUUCAAUCUUACCUUCCCAAAAGACACUACAACUUACCCUGCUAUAAGUAUUUUGAUUAGAGAUGAUUCUGAAGAAAUUAGGCCUGUGUGUGCAAGUAAAAAUCCUACCACCCUUGUAAAACCUGCUACACCAAGACAAUUGACAUUGUCAAAGACUAAUGAUAAAAUUGAUGUAAAGUGGAGUGAAUCAGAAACUUUUCCAAAAAGUUGCUUGCAGUAUGAAGUUAAAUGUUGCAAUGGUGAUUUGGACAUUGGUCAGAUCAUUCCAUCUGAAAUUAAUUCUGUGUCAAUUGCUGGUAUUGAUGCUAAUAGCAAGUACACCUUCAAAGUGAGAGCAAAACCAAAGCCUGAGUGCUACAACAGUGAUUUCCAUAGUGACUGGAGUGAAGAAAAGAGCAUUGGUGAGAAGAGGGACUCUACAAUCUAUUUUGUUCUAAUAAUUACCAUUCCUUUAAUAGUAGCGAUAUCUACAAUAGUUCUACUAGUUUAUCUGAAAAGGCUGAAGAUAUUAAUUCUUCCACCAAUUCCGGACCCUAGAGAAAUUCUUAAGCGCAUGUUUGGAGAGCAAAAUGAGGAUUCCCAGAGCUCUGCAAAGGAUGAUCCCAUGAAUGCUUAUGAUAGGUUAAUUAUAGAAGAAGAAAUUAACUCUCUAAUUUUAUCAGAAACUUCAGAGACCACUAAUCCUUAAAACGAAAACCGGUAGACUCUGCUUUAUCAGUGAAAGAGGAAGGAAGCUGACUCCUGCUCCCAUACCUCAGGUGACUGUAGAUGUGAAGAGGCCUGUGAGACAUUGGCCGGCUCUGACCUCACUGAGUCCUUCUCUGGUGCACAGAGGAUGCAUCACUAACAGUGGCUGUUCUUCCAUCUCUGCCAGAAAUACUCACCUGAGUUCAGUCAAGAUGAAGCAUGUGCAUAGUUCCAUGUGACUGCAUUGUGGAUUCCCUGUACUGGCUUCAGCCAGCUCUGCCUCGUACUUGUCACUUGCACUUGUGUUUGUGCCUCACACCAGACUGUCGGGGUUUUUUUGGAGCAAGCACUUUGACUUCUCUGAAGUAUUUGGCUCUAUUUGCAGUAGGUGAAGUGAGGCUGGUUUACAGUAGAUGGGUCAUUAGUGCUACCAUGUGGAGCUGCUGCCAGGUGGGAUGGCAGAGCAUGGACUGUUUGUGGAUAACCCUUUGUGUUUGUGUGCCUGGGCUGGGCACACUCUGGAGGGCACUUACAGACUGAGCUUCUUGUGCUUCUGUGCAUCAGCUGGGGCCUGGUGAAAUCCCACAAAAGAGGGUAUUUUUUUCUUUGAAAAUGUGUAUGAAAAACCUCUCUGCUUUCCAGCUGGUGUUCAGAAUAUUCUUAGAAAAGGCUUAGCUUUGUUAUCCUGUCAACUGCCUGUCCUCAGAUGCCUUGCCUUCAUGGACUUCUUGGGUUAAUUAUACUUUGUUUAAAAUGAGGAAUUUUUUACUUGUUCUGUGCAGUAGCAUAUAACUAUAUUGAGUCUCACCAGGGUGUGAUUCUAAUUUGGCCAUAUUGGCCUGAAGACACCUGAUUUUUAGCAGCUAAGUAGUCCUGAGUCUGUCCAGCAAAAAUACCAGGAUGGAUGCAUGAGUCUAAGGAGCUGUGGUCAAACUGAUUAGCAAAUGUUAAACCACUGAAACCCAGCUAAUUCAAAGGCUUCAAGACCCAUCCUUACUGCCAAGCUGAUGGAUUUGGGGAAGAGGGGAUGACAACCUUGACCUGUUUUCUAAGGGAUAAGUUUUAUUCUUUCUAUAGUGAUGAGACUCUGAUUGAGCUUCCCCUCUAGGACUUAGCAAUUUAAAACAAGGUGCUGAUUUGACUUCUUUUUAAAAAAGCUUUCUUCUGUAUUUUACUGCAACUGUUUGACAGGUGUUUUUGUCAUUGUUUUGUUCAUUCUUUGAUGAUUUUGUUUUCAGGGUUCUUUACCCAGCAAAGCCCAGCAGGUGUUUCCUGGCACAACUGUGACAUUUUCCUGCUCUGCAUUCUGAGCAUUAGUUUCUGCCCUGUGCUGCAAAGGUGGUUACAGUGGUACCUUGAUUGUGCUGGCGGAGGAAGGUUAUGUAAUAGGGAGAAAAGGAUCCAUGGAAGCCCUUUAUGGUUAAUGCUCAGGGAUUUCUUGCUCCUUCCAGAUAAGUGCAGACAUGUGAGUCAUGGACAUAGGCAGUCUUAGCAGACUGGAAAGAGAUCUUCUGGUAGGUUUUCUAGGAGCAGACUUUAUAGCCACUAACCUUUUAAAGUUCAUCCCUGUCUUCAAACUCCAUUCAGUCAAAAAAGUGAAACUAAAUGCUGUGUUUUUUAGAACAUAUUUUUCUGCAAGAAGUAGAACAAGUGCACAUGCUUUUUAGCUACAAAUAUGCAUCCUUUAUGCACUUAAUGUAUUCCCUCCUUAUCAAUAAAUCCAAUUCUUUCCCCAUUCUCCACUGAGCCUCUCAAAUACAGUUUUUUCCAUGUCUCUUAUCCACCUUUUGUUAGUGGUAGAAAAGGGAGGAGAAAUAUAGCAGAAUUAGCAGAUGCCCUGUUAGCAUAUGCCUUUUACCUCCAAUCAGGCUAAAAACCCCCAACAUUAUAAAAAUUAAUAAAUGAGACAAAAUGAAAAUAAAGCCUCAGGGAUUUCAGUGAGAUAAAACUCAGGUUAUAUAAAGUCAGCUAGUAGCACUAUCUGAAAUUCCAGAGAUUCAGGAAUAGCAUGAGGGAAAGAGUAAUGACAUUCGUUGCCAAAUUCGUUCCCUCUGCCCUGCAACACGUAUGUCAUUGUAAUGAUAAAUAUUCUUCCAGUCUACUUCAUCUAGAAUGUUGCUUAACACAGACCACUAGACAAACAGAAAUGUAUCAUUUCUAGAUAAGUAAGCACAACAGUGUAAUGUAAAGUUUUGUAGCUUUCAGCGUAGCAAUCUAGGAAAACCAGUACUUAGCCGUAAAUUCUUCUGACUUUUAUGUUGGUGUCUGUGACAAGACCAAAAUUUAUUUGUUUUUUAAAAAAACAAACCAACAAAAGCCCCUAUACAAAUUCAUAAAGCCAGAGGAAUGAAAAAAAAAAAAAAUGGAUGGAAGGUGUUAGGCCAAAAGGAAGAUUUAAAUGCAAAUGAUGGUUUAGAUCACUAUAUAGAAGAGUUUUGAAUAGCAGUAGUUGACACACUUCCUCAUGGAUUCAUUUCUUGAGCCUGUGUUUCAGCAUGUAAAACAAGUGUCUGAAUAUACUUUCAUAUUUAACACUUUUUUUUAAGGUAAGAGGUUUUUUAGUUUGAAAUUAUGCAAAUUUUGCUAUAAUUUGGUUUUUUCCUUCAUUGCAGUUACUUGAUCUGUAAAUUUUUUCAAAGAGUGUAUAAAUAUGAUUGAAUGCUUUUCAGUGUAAUGGCAUGGCAUUUUGUUCUUGGGUUGAGGAGAUUAAACUGAGGCCAAAGAGAUGGGUUUUUAAUGAGAGACCAUGUUUGAAGCAUGCAGAAGCCAGAGAAGAAAAUCUGAGUUGCUUUGCCCUCUUCCCUUUCAAGAGUGAACUCAACCCACACAUUCAGUGUGGAUGGACUGCAAUGGCCAUGUUUUUUGGCUGGGGUAGUGGAACAGAGAUUGAGGUGAGCACAAGGUUUGGACUCUCACCCUCUCUGUACUCAAGACCAUUCUACUUUCUGACAUUGGCAUGUUAUUUUAACGCUAUAGAGACUUAAACCAUCAAACUGGAAUUUGACUGAAAUUGCUGCAGCCUUCCCCAAUGUAGCUUCAAUAUUUUACAUCUUUGUUAGUUACUGAAGUUACUGAAAAUGCCAGGUUGCUAAACUGAUGAAAGCCAUGACCUUGUCACUUUACCCAAAUAUGUUCAAGUGCCAAAAACACAUUAGUAAUGGCUUCUUGGAAAGAUUCAGAGAGAGAAUUGUUUUUUCCCUUCAGUUCAGUGAGCAGAUCAUUCAAAAUUAAGAUACAAACUAUGACAUCAAAAACUAAGACUUCUCAUAUUUCUCUUUCACAAUUUUAAAGUUUUGGUUGUAAUAAUGAGUAACAAUGAUUUUAGUCACUCCCCGUAAGUGACCUUUUAUUAUUUUAAUACAUUCUGUUAAAUAAUUUAAGCUUUCUGUAUUUGGCAUCCUUGAAAAAUUGAACAAUUAAUUUCUGGUUUUUUGUUCAUUUUUUUUUGUUUAAGGGAUGACAUGACACAGUUGAAUGGCUUUAAAGAAGUUCUAGAGGAACACACCAAAGUGUAAGCCAUAGUGUUUUAGUGCUUACUGGGUAGAACUAUUCACAGGUUGGGUAUUUCCGUUCACUGGAAAGUAUUCAAUAAACUUAGUUCUGAGCUGGAACAUCAAAGACUCAGAAUUUCCCUUGGAAAGGAAAUGAUGGGGUUUUUUUUUUUCAUUAUAAAAAAAACAAAACAAAAAAACCCAACAACAAAACA